ACGUCACUUCUUCCAGCUGUUUGAGAACGCCAUUUGUGUAUUCUUCGUUUGAGAAAUUCUUUAGUUCCCGAUCGGAAUCCGCCUGAAUCUGGUGCAUCCUGCCAUCAUCGAGAAAACUUCAUCAUGAGUACGGGAAUGCCGGAGCUGGGCUCCAAAAUCAGCCUAAUAUCGAAAGCCGAUAUUAGAUACGAGGGCCAUUUAUUUACUGUUGAUCCACAACAAUGUACAAUCGCUUUGGCUGCCGUGCGUUCGUUCGGCACGGAGGAGCGGGAAACUAAUUAUCCUGUUCCGCCGCAAAAUCAAGUCUAUGACUACAUUUUGUUCCGUGGGUCUGAUAUCAAAGAUAUUCGUGUGGUGAACAAUGUCACAUCAAUGCCUAAUGAUCCCGCAAUUAUGCAACUGUCUGUGCCAAAUCCGCUCAGCAACAAACCAUUCCAGGCACAAGGUUUUCCGCAUCCAGGUAUGGGUCAGAUGGGCCAAUUUGCUGGAGGUUACAGUGCCAUGGAAGCCCUAGCGCCGGGAAUGCGCGGCCCCAUGGGUAACAACAAGCCAAGUGAGUUAAAUAUGCCUGGGCCUGUGCCCCCUCCACAUCUGUCCCCUGCUGUUAUGGAACCGCCACGACCUAACGAAAACGCAUUUCUAGAUUUAAUAGGAGGCGGGUCGAGGAGCACGACGCCUGCCAGCGUGGGCUCGCGAAAGUCUUCGACAACCGAGCAGGGAACUCAAGCGGGCGGCAAGAAGGAUGAAAAGAAAGUUAUCAGACCCAUUCAACCACCACGCGGAGGAAAGGACCGUCGUGAUUCACGCGGAGAAUCUCAGGAUCGCAAAAAUCAUAACAAACAUCGUAAUCAUCAUUCGUAUCAUCAGGGUGGCCAACAUCAGCAACAACAUCAUCACCAAAUGCAACAGCAGCAGCGACAGGGCAACUGGGUGCCACGUGGUCCAAUGCGGCAACGUGCUCGUGGCAGGCCACGAGGUGGCGGCGGCAACUUUGGUGGACCUCAAGGUAGCAACGGCUUCAAGCCCACAAACCGACAGCAAGGCCAGGGACAAGGCGGAAAGCCAAAAAUUACAUUCGACAAGGAGUAUGAUUUCGAGCAGGCGAACACUCAGUUUGAAGAAAUGUGCGGUAAACUAGCGAAAACCAAGCUUGAGGACACCCCUAAGCCAGAGUUGAAUGGCGGUGGCGCGCCGCCAGACAUUGACAAGAAGGAUGACUCUGGCAAUGAGACUGGUGCCGGUGAGAACGAGCUGGAGGAGGACGUUGAUGGAACGUUCUACGAUAAGACCAAGUCGUUCUUCGACAACAUAUCUUGCGAGGCGGUGGAGCGAUCGAAAGGCAGAUCGCAAAGGACUGAUUGGCGCACGGAGCGUAAAUUGAACUCUGAAACAUUCGGCGUAGCGUCAGCACGACGUGGAAGUUAUCGUGGCCGUGGCGGAUACCGAGGGGGUUUCCGAGGAGGUUACCGUGGCGGAUACAGGAAUAAUCAACAACACACUGGCAACAAGAGUCACGAAGCGCCCGGUGAGACUGCAACGAGGACCAACGCCGCCAGCGAAACGGUAACUAGCCCAUCGGUGACUGCCGCUGAGUCGAACAUGACACCGGUGGUUGUAGCGCCAGUUACAAAGACUGCACCCGCCGCGAACUAAACUCAUCUAGAUGUUAACAUUCAAGCGAACGCACGCGACAUACUGACACCGGAGGGUAUCAUCCUUAGGUGGACCUUUAGUUUAUUAUUUUAUGAGACUGUGAUUUCACGGUUAGGUUAUUGAUUGAAUUGGCAAGUUUUUCGUUAUUUAUUAUUAUUUCAAUUAGGAGGAUAACCGAGGUGAACUUGAAACGGUAGGCGCGCUGCGGCCAAUUUUCUUAUUUUCAUUACGAAUCCCAAAACGUAUACUGAGUGUGUGUGUCUGUAACGAAACGAACGAAAUGAUGAGAUGUGUGAAUGAGUUGCCGAAUAGCUUUUCACACUUGAAACAUUAAGCAAUUGCGACAAUUCGGUGUCAGUAUUAAAACUUACAGAUUUCGGAAACCAGCUAAAUACAACAAUGAUGCAAACGAAGAUUCCGUCGCGAUUUUUGUUGAAUUUGCAAAAGUCGACACUCAAACGGCAAAACGCAAUAAACACAAAUUGAAAAGGAGGAAAGAAAUAUGUACCUUAAGUGAUAAAAUAUUUUAUUUUAAUAUGAAAAAAAUAAUACAAAAAAUGUGGCGGGCACACUGCCAGUAUUUAAGAAUGUAAUUUUAAUUUUUAUACUUUAUAUAUAGAUUACUGUAUCAGAAAAUGGAGUAUUGAAAUAUCGAAUAUGAGAAUGGUCAUAAUUAAAUAAUGUUUUGCUGCACGGUUAUUUGCUGGUGUGGACGAUCAACAUAUUCAUGGUGAAACGAGAGUGAUCGUGGCGGUAGAGUUCAUGAGACAUGAGUGUUAAAAUUCAGUUUGCACAUUUGUUCAUUAUUUUUUCUUUUUAUGUAACUUAAAAAUCGAAUUUCAGUUCUAAAUGAAAUUUACAUCAUGAUUCCAAUCAUAGCGUAUUGGUUACGAGCAUCAUUUCGUUUCAAAUGUUUAUUUGACUUUUUAAUACAAACACAAAACAAAGAAAACAUAGACAUUAAUUAAAAUAAAACCUAUAACCUUUAUGUAAAUGGAAUGACGAUUGAUACAAUUGAUUUUUUCCAUGUGGAUAAUAUCGAAUGGAAUUUCUGUCAAUCCUGCUCUGCUGUCAUCAAAGAAUCCAAUCGAAUAAUUAAAUUACAUAUGUUAAAAUAAACGUGAAUUUAAAAAAAUUUCUCGAAUAAUUGCAAAUAAUUGGCAUCGAUUGUUCUGUUUGUGUCUGAUACUGGACGCCGAUCAAAUAAGACAAUGUAAAAAAUUAGAUAAAUAUGAAAAUGAUAUGUGGCUAGAAAGACGUAAACUAUAAUAAAUGAAAACAUUACUAAUAAGGAAGCUGGACAAGACUUCUUGGCUAUGUUGUAAUUUAUUAAUGAGAUUGGAAAUUGUUAGACUUUGUAAUUGUAAAUCAGUGAAAGUACACAAGAAAGUUUUUGGAAAA